ACAAAUUUUGUUAAUUCACGCAUAAUACAUAAAAAGCAUGUAUUUUAAAAUACUGAGUGUUUUACUCAAUACCCGCGUACUACUUACAGCACUGUUAUAGAAGUAUGACGCCUACGACACAAAAUAAUAGUCAACUUGAACGGCAAAUAUAUUGGUCUUUCACCCGUAAAACGCCCAACAAAAUGGAAUUUAAAAGUCAAUUAUUUCGAGAGAAAAAGGAAUGCAUCCCAUUGGUUAAGAUUAUUUUAACCAUGAUUUAAUAAGAUAUAUCAAUAUUGAACUUUGAAGUACAUGGUCAUCGAUUAUAGCUCAAUACGUACCAAACCAACAUACCAUGUUUAAAGAGUGAAGGUUUAAUGUGUCUAGAUUCGUAGACUUAUUUUAAAGAUUUCAAAAUGGUGUUGUUGGAUAAGUUUAUUUUUUUGUUUUAAAUCUUUACCGUAACCUAACGUUUUACAAGAACAUUUGUUGACCACCAGGAUUUGAAUACUCUAGAAAUUGGACUUUACAUUAAAUGGAUUGAAACAUUAAAUACUUGUUUGAGUAAGAAGUAAGUAAUCUCGUACAAGAAUGUUGUUAACUUGUUUACAUUUAUCAUUGUUCUGUACCUACACAGAAGUUCUAAAUGUAUCAUUCGCUUGGAAUAUAUUUACCAGUACAAAUUAAUUCAGUUGUGAUCAAUAACAUGUCGUAUAAUAGUAUCAUCAUUAAUAAUUAAAUAUGUAUUUGACUAUCUCACAAGGUACAGCCACGUGAUUCACACAACCACAGAUGUUCUAGCGAUGGGGAGCGCACCCAGCACGCGAGUCCACUCAAACACGCACGUGACUGUCGUGCGCGGGCGGUUGGUGGCCACCACACACGUUCCCUUCAAUGUUGUCGCGGGAACCGUGGAUACCGGAAACAGCCCCGGAUGUCCAAAUUGUCGGGUUCAAUCACAGGCUCAUAGAGGAGGAUGUCACCAUCCCCAGCCCCAGUCUACAUUCGUUCCGGGCAUGGUUCAUCCCGGAGCCCAGCCCUUACAGCCCCCAAUGUACAUCCAGUCUGACCUUCCUCCACCCUACAUAGAGCAGCCAUUGGUGCACUACGUCCCGACGGACCCUACACCUCAAAGCUCCAUCCCGUUCGUUCCGCCAGCCGCGUCGAACUAUAUGGGACAGGAAGCAACGUCUGGAACGUCCAGCCAACAUUUGAAUGGCUACAACGACGCGUUUCCUCCAAUAAACGGGGCGCCCCCUGCUUCUGUAGCUGACUCAGUCAACAACGCGUUCCCUCAGAAAAACGGGCCACCCCCUGACUUUGUCGCCGGCUCAGUCGGACCCGGGACAAGCGCAAUGACCCCCAGUGGGGAGUCGACAUUGAGGGGUCUUUCAACGGGCCGCAAUGCCAACUCGAAUGAAAAAGAGACCAUUCCUGAACUUUAUGAUGUGUAGACGUGAGAUUUCGUAUGCACCCGCGUUGUUGAACAGCGUUUUUGGUAAAACCAAAUAUGUUAUUAUGAUUUUUAAUGAAUCAAACCACUUUUGUGUUAAAUUAUUUUUAUUUACCUGAUUUGUUCAUCCAAUACAAUUAUGUUCUGUUAAAACUCGUGUAUCUCGUUAUUUGAUUGCCGUGUAUACAUAAAUAAGUGUUAUCUGGUAAUUGUUUGGGUUUGCGAUCGUCGGAAUUAUUUUAAUCUAUUUCUUAUAAUCUUUGAAAUUGGGACAAAUAGUUCUGA